CUCAGUGCUACGUCAGGCAAUAACCACACCACCCUACACUGAAAUCCUCACUUAUCUUGAAAUUAUUUAUUCUGGCGAGAAAGAGAUUCAAUAACAUUGUAUUAUCAACUUAAGCCAAACAAAGGACAAUGCAGUAAAAAUUAAAAGAUAGGUACGUUUAUGUGGGUUAUCAACGCAGAAGGGAACAGUCUAGUGAAGUGUUGUUUGAAGUGGACUGGGAGAGGUUAAAAACCGUGACUGUAAUCAGAAGGCAAGCAAAAUGCCGGUAAAGCAAUGGUUUCAAAAACUGCAGCCCGUCCAGCUUUACAUAGUAUUAACAUUCACCGUCGCAUUUUUCCUGACUGAAUUGGUAGUAAGUCACCUCACGCAUGCACUGACGUUGCUGAUGGAUUCUUACCACAUGCUUUGCAACAUUAUGGCAUUGACUGGUUGCAUAAUCACAAUCAAGUAUGGCAGUGAAGAAAAAAGUGAAGGCUGCGAUUUGAAAAAGGCUGAAAGCGAAUCAAGCAAUUUGGCCGACAAAGUGGCUUUUAAUGCCGACGCGGCCUGCAGAGACAAGAAGAACGAAAAAUCUUCUCCUUUGAGGGCCAACAAGGAACGAAAGUUGAAAAACACGUUUGGAUGGACUAGGAUAGAUGUGAUAACGAUGCUGAUAUGUUGCGUGUUUUUGGCUUCCUUCUGCUUCUCCAUAUAUGUUGAAGCGCUUCAGACUCUGACCCACAUUGACCAUCAAGACGAAAUGCAUCAUCCCAUAUCCGUUUUGUUUCUUGGUGCUACGGGUUUUCUUCUCAACGGAGCUUGCUACCUCUUAAUAGGCGGUUACACGUUUCACCAAGGAAGUUUUCUAUAUGUGACGGAAAGCGGCGACGUAAUCUUGAACAAAGUGGUAGUAAACGAAUCGGUGCAAAGGGGUCAACGGAGACUGUCCAGGACGCGGAAUAUCUAUUCCAGCCCUCCCAGAAAUAGGCAGGGCUUAUGGGAAAUGGCCAGAGAUAUUGCCGGAUGCUUUUUUGUCAUGGUGGGAUCUGUGGCUGUCAUUUUCACGGACAAGGAAAUUGCGAAGUAUAUCGAUCCCGCUCUGUCCUUACUAUCCGCUACCGCCAUCAUGGUCUUGAGCGUUCCAUACAUUAAGGAAAGCUGCCUGAUACUCCUCCAAACGAUGCCCGAUACGAUAAAUAUCGACUUCCUGAAAGCGGAACUCGUGACCCAUUUUCCGGACAUCAUAAACGUGCAUGACUUUCACGUGUGGCAGCUCACCGCUUCGAAAGUGAUUUCGACCGUGCACAUCAUCUUCGAGAAUCCCAAGGUGUACAAGAGCAAAAUGGAGGAGAUCAAAGAGUUUUUCCUGGAGAGCGGCGUGACCCAAGUGACGAUUCAACCGGAAUUUUUCAGCAAAAGCGCGAGCGUCGAGAGCUUACAUUCGGGGAAAGUCCCGCCCAAAUGUUUGGUCGCGUGUUCCGGCGAACUUUGUAGGGAAAAUCACUGCUGCCCUUCGAAUCAGGAAUUGGACAAACUGAUAUCCGGAUCGAAGGAGGUUCUCCCAAUUCCGGAGAAAGCGACCCCCACGUUAAAGUCGGUUAAGAUUUUACAAGACGAGUUGCCGUCUCUACGCAGUUCCAUAAAUAGCAUUCACGCCAGGUCGAGUAGUAGCAGUAAUAGUAAAAGUAUCGACGAUGAUACCGUUAAAGAAGAACGCGGUUAUAAAUCCGACGAUGUUACGGGGAGAAACGAGAAUGUCGCCAUUGGGCAACCUUGCCUCGAAGAUUCGGAGACGGAACCCUUAAGGGACGAUACUACCGAUGGCAAUGCGACCGAAGAAAUCGAUACUAAGAUGUAGAGCGUCGUCUGGAUCGAUAGUUGCGCAAGGCUGUGUAUUUUUUUUCUUAACGUUUGGCGAAGAGCUGAUAUUAAUAUCGAACUAGUACAGUUCCAAAUUGUUCGACUAAUAAUUUAGCAAAUAAUGUUUGAUCUGUGAUGUAUUUAAGGAUAAUUUAAGCGGCCUUCAUUUUAAGACAACAUGUAUUAAUACAAGUGUAGAUUUCGAUAAGAUUUUAAAGAAUAAAAAUGAAACUUUUUUAAGGUAUUCGUUGUUUCGUUCCAGC